AUGUCGGAGAGCGCCUACAAUUCCCCGUUGCUGGCCCGAAGACUGACCGACUCCUGCUGCAGCUCGCCGGCCCGCAGCGUCCGCAGCCACCACGUCGACGAUCUCACCGAUUCCGACGGCGAGGGCGCCGAGCCGCUGUUCACCGAGGUGCCCGGCGCCCCCGAGCAGACCGUCAUCUCCGGCUGGCUCAAGUUCCGCGACAACAAAAAGAGAGUUUGUGCUCGGUACAACUACAACAAAACUCCCGAGGAACUCCGCAUCUAG